GGUGUCACCCAAACACGCCUCUCCCGAGCUGCUCCCGCUGUCCGACACUUGCGUGACCGAGGCUCUCAUUCCCUUUUCCGGCCUCGUUUCAGCCAUGGAAUCUCCUGCGCUUCCUCUGCUAUUAUUCCCUUUCUGAUCUCAACCUCUGCGACGAGGAUAAGAGAGACAGAAAAAAGAAAAAGAGCACGGAAAACAGUGCAUUAAGUAGAACAAAUCGAAUCAAAAGCCGGAGGCCUUUCAAAGAUCGUAUUUUGAGAGUUCCGGGGGUCAAUAAUGCUGGUUUGCCAUGUGGGUGUUCGAUUUUGUUGCCUGGGGUUGAGAGUUUUGGGGGACGGAGCACGGUCUUUGCUGUGGAGAAAGUAAAAGGGAGACCACUUUUUUCUUAUUUUGGUUCAGAGGAUAUAUAUAUAUAUGUUUUUUGUCCUUUUGGAUUGGGUCGUCGUUUGAGAAGGUUUUCUCAGGGCUCCUUGGUUGUGAGGUGCUUGGAAACGAGUUCCAUUGGUAUCCUCUUGCUCUGCCAGCAUUCUCUGAUUUUUUUUCUUUUCUUGGUCUUUUCUUCUUGGACGAUACUUGAAACACUUUCCUCUGUCUCCCUUCCUUCAGUUCAUGCUCUUUUCUCCUGGUUUUCUUUUGUUAUAAUCUAUUAUUUUUUGUGUUUAUAUCCCCAGUCGGUGUUUCCUCACGACAGUUGCUAUCUUUUUUUCUUCCCUUCCUCUGUGAGGACUAAAACAGAGAAAGUUUCUCUUCUUUUCUCCUAGUCUUUCGUCCAUUGUCCAGAAGAGAGUUUCCAUCAACUAAAGAAAAAAAUGCAGAAGAGAGUCAUGGAAGAGGAUUUUAGGAAAGGAGAAGGACGUCCGCAGCUGCUCGAUCUCAUUCCAAAUGAGAGAGAUUGGAUGGUCAAGGAUGUGGGUGUAGGAGGAAAAUGCUUUGGAGUCUCUGAAGAGAAAAAGCUUGAGCUGAGACUUGGCCUCCCUGGAGAUGAAGACUGGUCAUCAGUUAAGGAGAAGAGAGAAGAGCACUCUAUUGAGUCUGCUCUAUCCCUUGGUCACUACUCCAAGGUUUCUAAAACCAUAGGCACUAAUCCUUCUUCUGUUGGAGCCAAAAGAGGAUUUCUAGACACGGUUGAGUCCAAAACAGAAGUUUUUCAGCAGCAGCAACAGCAGCAGCCUGGCUUUCUCCAGUUGCAGGCUAAAGGGAAGGAAUUAUCACAGAAGACAAAUGGGAGGGCAGAACAGCAGAGCCUUGAGAAAAAGGCUUGUGGGUCUCCAGCGGCACAUGGUUCGGCUGCUGCUCCUUGUGGUGAUGGAGCUGGAGCCAACAACAGCUCUCAGACAAGCAGGACUGCCCCAACCCCAGUUGUUGGGUGGCCUCCUAUUCGUUCUUUCAGAAGGAAUCUUGCAAGCAUUUCCAAACCUUCCCUUGAAUCACAGAAUGGAGGACCGGAAACAGCAGUUAAGUUCAAGAAUGGUAGGAAAGGCUUGUUUGUGAAAAUCAACAUGGACGGGAUACCCAUAGGAAGGAAAGUAGAUUUGAAGGCCUAUGAUAGCUAUGAGAAGCUCUCUUUGGUUGUAGAUGAACUCUUUCAGGGCCUUCUUGCAGCUCAAAGGGAUCCUCUUACUGCUGGAACUCAGAAGAAUCCUGAAGAAAAGCAAGCAAUCACAGGUUUACUAGAUGGAAGUGGCGAAUAUACUUUGGUUUAUGAAGAUGAUGAAGGUGACAGGAUGCUGGUGGGGGAUGUUCCUUGGGACAUGUUUGUCUCCACAGCCAAGAGGUUGCGUGUGCUGAAGAGUUCUGAGCUUUCUGCGUCUUCUCUGGGAGCGGUCAGCAGGAAGAGAACAGCAACCUAGUGUUAGUUGGAAAGAAGAGGGUCUUUUAUAUCUGGGUUGUGCAUUGAACAUCUUUUCGGUGAGCUUUGAAAGAUGCAUUAGAGUGGAUCUUUUUUUUUUCCCCCCCUCCUUUCCUUGAUUUCAAUCUUUUUCCAGUUAUCUUCGUCAUUUCCUCUUUUGAUCUUCUGUGUUUGUGGGAAUCAUGGAGGAAGAUGCCAGUAGGAAUUUGAUAGUAUCUCAUAUGUAAAUGUACAAGGAAAACAUAAAUGUUUGGCGCUAUGACUGAUCAAAUUGUCUUUGUACUAUGAAGCAGAAUUUGACUGUGGUUUCCAGGUCA